AUCUAUACAUACCUAUCUACAAUAGCAUGUAGAAAGCAACAUUGUUUUUGUUAGUUUGUUAUGAUUUCGUUAAAAAAUUACUUGACCAAUUUUAAAAAUUCUUUCACAAUUAGAAAGCUACAACUUCACUGAGUAACACAGGAUAUAGAACAGGACCUACGCGUGUAACUGCUAUAGUAAUUAUUAUAAAUAGAGAGUAAGAAAAUAAGGUUAAGGCAGAUAAUGUCCUGUGCUAACAUAUCUAAUGACCUGUUAAGUUAUUUCAAGACUUGAGUCUAAAAAUGUCCAGUGCUUCCUAAUGACUAGAGUCCAAAAAUGUCAAGUGUAACAUAAACAUUUAUUUCUAACUAGCUGACUUCGCGCGGUUUAACCCGCGUGGUUCCCGUGGGAAUACGGGGAUAAUAUAUAGCCUAUAGCCUUCCUCGAUAAAUGGGCUAUGUAAUAUUGAAAGAAUUUUUCAAAUCGGAUAAGUAGUUCCUGAGAUAAGCGCGUUCAAUCAAACAAACAAACAAACUCUUCAGCUUUAUAAUAUUAGUAUAGAUUUUUGCAUCGUUCCCUGUUCUAGGAAUGCUAUAUCAGAUUUAAUGUAGUUAUCACACUAAAACUAGGUAAUAUAAAUUAAAUUAAAGACAUUAAAAACUUUUAACUGCCAGGCAUCAGCUAGGUAAUGAAUGCAUUUAACUAACUGUUCUAAUAAACUGUAUUAAAAUGCCUUACCCAAUUUUUUUUUAUUAUUAAACCUACAAACGGAUUCAGAAAACUUUUUUGAAGAAUAUUUGCCACAUCUUUUCAAAUAUGAUGAAUAGAGAGUCAGGACUCGAGACCCUUGAAACAUCUUAUGUUCCAAAGCCCAACCCCAUAUUGGGCAGUUUGUUCUUCUACCACAAGUUCUUACCGACCGAACAAGCUGACGCACUUUCACUCUUCCUAAAUGAGGUAUGUCUGGGUAUCACAGGCUCGCGUUUAAGUCUCAAAAGAGCUGGAACUCAGAGACGCCUUUAUAUAAAGGGCAUAAUUAAAAAAAGUUCAUGACAUUGACAUUAGACAAUGUUGACAGACAUUUGACAGUACUUAUAAGCUAUUUGAAUUUGACGUUUGUGCAUAAAAGUUUCAUUUCAACAAAAUUCAAAUUGAAAAAGGGAUUAAUUUAAUAAAGUUAAUAUAAAUAAGUUCAUUAAAUUACACUAUAUUUUAAGCUAUGUAAUAAACCUAUAAGAAUGAUUAACAUAAAAGAAUCUAAUGUUGUCUUAGCGAUUGAUAAACUUAAAUAAUAAUGAACAGACGAUCAACAUUUCUGCUCGCUGUAUUUGUUGUUUUGAUUUAUUUCUCGUUGAUUGUUUUCAUGUUACGACCUUUGCAAAGUGGUAGAAGCUAUUAUGGUAACAUGGGAAUCAAUCAUUUGGGCUUACGUGAGAUAAGAGUGAGCUGGUGUAAAGAUUUGAAAUGGCGCUCUCCGCCCUCUUCUCAUGUAGUUGCAUUGGUGUCGUAUCCGGGCAGUGGAAAUACCUGGUUACGGUAUCUCCUGCAACAGGUUACAGGUAUAAUGACUGGAUCAAUAUAUAUGGAUUAUGGUCUCCGAAUGCAUGGAUUUCCAGGUGAAAAUGUAACAGAUGGCUCAGUAUUAGUUGUUAAAACUCAUGAAGCACCCCCGCUAGAAGUUGAUAAGUUUAAAUCGGCCAUUCUACUGAUCAGAAACCCAAGAGAUGCUAUCCUGGCGGACUUCAAUAGACUACACAAAGGCCACAUUGGCACUGCGCCUAAAUCUGCCUUUAAGAGGAAAUCCCACGAGCAGAAGAAAUCUGAGUGGUCGACUUAUGUGUUCAGUCAGUUGGCGGUGUGGGAGCUGCUGCACCAGCAGUGGCUGACCAAGUUCCUCGGGCCGGUGCAUGUGGUGUUCUACGAGCUGCUGGUGCGGGACACUAGGAACACGCUGAUAGGCAUCUUGAGUUUCCUGAACCACACUGUCUCUGAGGAGGACAUGCAUUGUGCGGUGGCUAACAGAGAAGGAAUAUACAAACGCAAGAAGAAAUAUAAAAAUUUCGAACCAUUCUCCCCCGAAAUGUACUCUGCUAUCAACAAAGUCCGGCAUAGAGUGCUGCAUAUGAUUACAGAGUUUAAUAACAAACAUAGAAACAUUACCCUCCAUACGGUGCACUCAGGUAAAAAUUACACGUUACACUAUCGCCGAAUACCAUAGACAGUGUAGUUUGCACUCCUGUAAAGGUUUUACUAGUAAAUAAUAAAAACUAAAUAUUGUUUCUCUACAUAAGGACGUUAAAGUGGCGCGACUUGGUCUCAUUUUGUUGGAAAGGUCUCCAACUAACUUUAGAAAGUCCAUGUAUAAAAACCACCAAGUAUUCUGCAAAUUGCGAUAAAAAUCAUAUAUGACCGAGUCUAUCUUUAGGAAUAGUGCAGCGCAUUAUAGAUGUCGAUAACAUAUCGAUUAAAUAAUUUUACAUAUAUAAAAAUAAUAUUUAAACAAUAUUUUAUGUUUGCAUUAUUUUAUGGAGUGUAUAAUAAUUAAUUAUAAAUGUUGCUUCUAUCAGUAUUAAAGUAGAAAAAGUAGUAGCAGUUGUACAUUAACAUAAGCUAAUCUAUUAUAUUUUUCUCGCAGUCUACAGUGAAGUUUACUGCUUAGUAUUGUAGUGUAAUACCCCAAUAAGCUAUUACGUAUAAAACACUUGUUGAGUAUUAACUUUGAAACGCUUUUAAUGUUUGUUAUUAAAACUGUUGGCUCAACUUUGUACUUAUCUGAGUGAAAAUAUUUAAAACCGAAUUUACUAAAAUGUUGAAACUAUACAUUUUCCUACAUUGUAAACUGGUGUUUGUAGGAUAUGAAAAAAAAUAUCUAAGAGAAUAUUAUCUAUAAAAUACAUUUUUAGAAUUUUAUAUUGCCUAACAUCUAUGACUUAAUUAAAGAAUACUUUAGAAUCACUAGUUAUAUUGAUCCUAAAUAUCUUACAGACUACAGCGACUAGGCGACAGACUAGUGUUUUCAUUUAUUUUUAAUAUUAUUUAUAUAAUUAUAUACUUAUGACAUAUCUAUGCUACAUAUUAUCCAUGUGUUUGUGUGGAUCUAAAGAAGCUCAUUCUUAAAAUCUUAAGUUAGUACUUCGAAGAUGUACCAAAUGGCCUAAAUUUAGGAAUUUUGAAAAACAGUUUAUUGCUUUAUUGUUUUUUAUAAAGCACAAAUGUAUCGAAAGUAUUGCGGGUUAUUAUUGCUUUCCUAUCGAUAUUUAUUCUAAUGACUGAUCUACUGUAUCAAUUAUAUAUAUAUCAUAUUGCAAUUAAUCUCAUUUACCUUUAAGAAAAAUAAAGAAAUCCUUAGACGAUAAAUAUAUUAAUUGUUUGAAAUCAAUGAUUAAGUUAAACAUGGGCCUAUGACUUACUGUGAUUAUUGUACUAUAGUUAUAUUAAUUUUAACAAAAAUGUAUUAUCUCAUAUUUAAGCCAGGUUAGGUUAGGUUAAUUCAGAUUUACUACUGCUGCAUACUUGUGGUUAAAUUGCUACUUGAACUGAAAACUAUACAAUUCAUUUCGUCUUUUUUGUUUUUGUUUACAAGUAAGAGAACAAUGGCACUGCUUUCGACUGUUGAUAUUUGAUGACGGUUAAAUUCGCACGAUUUACAAAAGUACACGUUUGUUAAACUUUAUGCAACACUAUCAAUUAAAUGGUAAGCGCAUUAUGAACUGACUCGUCGGGCCAUAAAUUACUGCCCUAUGUCUAUCUUGCUUGCACUUACAGACCUUAUGAAACCGCUUUAUGAAAGGCUUAUCAAUAAAAAAUAACACCUUAGGAAGCUUCUGCUUGACCGUUGGAACAAAUAGAGCUUAUUUUUUUUUCAAUUUUUAUAGUAAUAGAUAAGUAACGUAAGUAUGUAGCCGUUUAUCGAUAACGACUCCGGUGCGCUGUACAUUUCUAUCUCUUUUGGCAUUUAUGGCCUGACGAGCCAUUUGAUAACUUGUUAACGAGCUUACCAUAUUGAAAUAGGUAGAAAUGAUAUAAAAUUGUUCAAACAAAUUUAUUUACAAACAUUAUUAUAUUAUUCUUUAACUGUAAUGUAAUGUAAAAACAGUAUUAAUAGUUAAUUAAUAGGUAUAAAUAAGGAUAGAUGUUUAUCAGUUGUAGGAACAAUAAUAAUUUUAAGUAAUUAUUUAUUUUAAUGUAGUUACACUGCGAUUUUGUUUAGAUAACUAAAUGUUAACAACGACUGAAUCUAUUAUUUAAUAAAUGCAAUAAAUAAAUAGUUGCAUGUCAUUUAUCUAAGCUAUUAAUUAUGGUUAAUGUUUACAAAACCUUGUUUAAUAGGAGUUUUUGGGCGUCGCGUCUUUUUUAAAUUAUUCUUAAAUGAAAAUAAAGAAAUAUUUACUUAACUAUUUUGUUUUAUAGAUAAAGAUACUACAAUUAAAACACUUUAGUUAGGUACAUGUUAUAUAAGUUUAUCGAAUAUUUAGCCAAUUAUUAAUAUUAAGUAUAAGUAUCAAUAAAUAACUGUUGUUCUCAAAAGGUAGUUGACUGGUUAAAUUGUGUUUUGUAGGUUAAUUUAAGCAUUUAUUUAUAAAAUUGCAAUUUAGCAAUCAGAUGAUCUAGUGAAUAUGGGAAUAUAAUAAUUUAAAUGAUUUUAAUUCAUUUAUUCGUAUGCGGUGUAUCUAUUGAAACAUUUUUUUUAUUAUUAUUUAGAUAGGUACUAAUUAUAAUGAACUUUAAAAUCAUUUAUUUAAAAUGGACCUACCUCUUAUAGAUUAUUUAAUUAUAGUUUUAGCUAAGUUGUCAUACAUAUUUUUGAUAAUAAUUUGCAUAAUAUGGAAGCACAGAGAAUAUGAAACAAAAGGACAAAUAGUACAAAUUUGAUAAUAGUUCGAUAAGUUAUUGCAAACGUUUAGUUUACUUGAAUGGUUUAUAUUGGUAAUUUGAUUUUUUUUAAUAAUGUCGUGUCAUAAAACUCCCAUUAUGAAAUUUAAAAGAAUAUUCUAAUGUCAUAGAUAAUUCACAGGCCUAAUCAGACCAAAUACAUUGUCGUCUAAGCAUGAAUAUCGGAAUAAAUUAAAAAGUUAUAUUUAAACAAUGCUCUAAAGGAUGUGUUAUAAUAUAACUUUUUUACUUUUAUAGCACAGUUAGAGCCCUGGGUUUUUGGUUUUUAAGACAAUGAAGUUAAACGCGAGUAUAUUUUGUAUAUGUAUAAAAAAGUUAGGCUAUGUAGGUACACUGUUUAAUUUGUAUUACGCACAAAUGGCGCUCAAGUUCGUGUCUCAAAUUUAGAAUUCUGGCAUGUAGAGAAUCGCUAGCUUUAUCUAUGAUUUAGGUAUAACGUAUAAAUUGAAGUAUUUCUUUAUAUUACCUAACGGUUUUCUUUUGAAAAAAGUUAUAUUGUUAUCAUAUUAUAAUGACAUUAAAUAAAGUAGAGUAAGUACGAAACGUGCAUAACUUGGCAUUACAUCUCUCUUGUCUUUAUUAUAAAACUAACUUCGUUCGUUUUAUAAACUGUACUUGUUCUUUAAUGACCCUCAUUAAGCAAUCGCUUCAGGAUCUACUAUUUUUGUACAACUACUAUUCAUUACUAUUACUAUGUGUUUAAUAAAAAUAUGAAAUGGUGAAAAAUUUAAUUCAUGUCUUUGUAACUAUGGAAAAAUGAUAGCUUUCUAUUGUUUUGCUCUGUCUAUGUAAUGCAGAAUUACUUUUAGUCUAUACUCUAAAUUAAGCGAGUAGAAACUGAAAAAAUAAAAUAGCAGUAGAACAAAAAGAUUUUUGUUUAUAAUUAUUUUCUGUCUGAUUGUUUGCGCUAAUGUCUAUCUGAACGGCUGGACCGAUUUUUUUGAAACUUGCACUGGAUAGAGGAAGUUAUUGAGCAACAUAUUAUGCCGAAAUUGUAUCCCGAAAUAUACAUGGUUCCUGCGGGAUUUGUGAAAAACUGAAUUUCACGUGGACGUAAUCGCGGGCCACCGCUAGUCAAUUAUGAAACUAUUCUAUUAAUAAGUAAUAAUUUUAUAGAUUUUUUGUUAAGUAGGUACCUUAUUCUAUUCGAUGUUUUUGUUUUUAGUUUAUUUUUUUUUAACAUUUGAUUUUUUCGAGAUUUAAACUUAAUUGUAUAAAAUAUUUAUUUUACUUUAAAAUACUUUUCUAUGUAUAAAAACGACUAUUUUUACUGGAUACUAUUUUGCUAUAAUCUAAGAAACUGAAAAAUAAAUGUUGACUUAAA